UGGUGGGGGGAGCAAUACCAAAGAACAAGAACAAAAUAAAUAAACCCCUCCCCCGACCUUGCUUUAUCUUUCCAGCACUCUCCUCUCUUUCUCUCUCUCUUUCUCUUUCUCUGCAACUGAUGUGAUUCUCCACCAUCUCCCCGAGAACCCCAUCAACCUUUACAAAAGAAAAAAUUAAAGCAGAGAGUGCAAGAAAGAAUUGAAACCAUGGUUUUCUCAUCCAUUCCAGUCUAUCUAGAUCCACCCAACUGGAAUCACCAGCAGCAACCAAACCAGUUGCAAUCUGGAUUUGGCACUACAGAAAAUCCCCACCAGAUUCUUCCGCCGCCCCCUUCUCCACCCACUGCGGGAGGAGGAGGUGGCGGUACGGGCUCGGUUAGGCCCGGUUCAAUGUCCGAAAGAGCCCGUCUGGCAAAGAUACCGCUGCCGGAGGCGGCUUUAAAGUGCCCCCGAUGCGAUUCCACCAACACAAAAUUUUGUUACUUCAACAACUACAGCCUCUCUCAGCCACGGCACUUCUGCAAGACCUGCCGCCGGUACUGGACCAGGGGAGGUGCACUGAGGAAUGUCCCUGUCGGAGGAGGUUGCCGGAGGAACAAAAGAAGCAAAAACGUCAGAUCAAAAUCUCCGGCCACCGCUGACCACCAGACGGGUGGUGGCUCGACCUCAGCUAGCGCGGUUCAUGAUCCGUCGUAUAGGUGCACCGCCGCAGACGUUUUUACCCAUUUGCCGACGCCGCCGCACUUACCUUUUCUGCCAUCCUUGCAGCAUCUAACUGAAUUUGCCUCGGGAGACAUGGCCCUUGGAUUCGGGGGUGCACAGCCACCUGUGGUGGCGGCAACCGGCAGCGGUGAUGGAGUGCCGGAGAUGGAAUUCCAGACUGGUGGUGGUUCAGCGGGGGGAGGUCCUAUAUUACAGCAAUUGCAUCAAUUCCCAUUCUUUUCAGGGUUGGAGGCUGCUGCGCCUGGGUUGUACCCGCUUGAUCCGUCACCGAGUUACGGCGGGUUGGGAGCGAGUCAACUCAGGCCGAAAGGAAUGGAAGCAGGGUUUGGGGAGGAGCAGGAGGGUGCAGUGAAACUGGAGGGAAAUGAUGAAUUAGGGUUGAUGAAUGCAUCAAGGAAUUUUUUGGGUAUGAAUAUUAGUAAUAUUGCUGCAGGAUCAAAUCAUCAUCGUUAUCAUCAGUAUUGGGGUAGUGCUGCUGCUGCAGAUGCUGCUACAGGGAACGCAUGGAGCAGUACUGCUAGUGAUCUCUCUGUAUUUGCCACUACUACUACAUCUUCUUCCGCCAGCCAUCUUUUGUGAAUUUGGGAGUAGCAGUUACAAAUCAAUGAUCAGUCUUCAGCUCCAAAACCUUAUUCAAUUUAAUUGGCAAUUACGUAAUACAGAUGGAAGGAAAGAAGGACACGUCGUUUCAACUGAAAAUUAAAGCUAGCUAGCCACGUAGCUUAAUUUAAAAGUUUGUGGCAGCUAGUACUACGGAUACUCGAGGAAUCUGAGAAGGUGAAGACCCAGGAAUGAUAUCGGAUAUAUAUAUAUAUAAACAUAUAUAUUUUGAAGAUCGAUCUGUGGAGAAACAUAGAAAUGGCAUGGGGUAGGUUUCUAGAUAUAUAUAUAUAUAUAUAUAUAUAUAUCUAGUUCGAAUUCCAAUUCGUUUUUCGUUUUUUUUUUAAUGUUUUAAUUUGUGAUCUGUGAUCGGUGGAGUACAGUAUAUGUAAGUUUACAUGCAGUAGGUGUCUUGCAGUGGGUGUCUGUGUGUUUGUUCAUGGAUCGACCGGAUUGAGUAUUGAGUUGGAUCAUGAAGGGGAUCUGACAUAUUAUAUUUAUAUAUAUAUGAAUUAAUAGAUCAAAUGUAGUUGUACUGUUAAUUA